UCGUCCUCACGGCGCCGCGCGGGGUCUCGCAGGCGCACCCUCGACAUGCAGAACGACGCCGGCGAGUUCGUGGACCUGUACGUGCCUAGGAAAUGCUCCGCCAGCAACCGCAUCAUCGGCGCCAAGGACCACGCGUCCAUCCAGAUGAACGUGGCCGAGGUCGACAAGGUGACAGGCAGGUUCAACGGCCAGUUUAAAACCUAUGCUAUCUGUGGGGCUAUUCGCAGGAUGGGUGAGUCAGAUGACUCCAUUCUUCGAUUGGCCAAGGCCGACGGCAUCGUUUCAAAGAACUUCUGACUGGAGAGCAUCACAGAUGUGAAAUUUGUUAUAAAUAAAUAGUGGAAACCCCC